ACUGCACAUAUUAUCUUCUCAGCAUUUACAUGCUUCAUUUUGUUCUUUCCUCUGUUUUUCAUGAUGGAUGCAACUGCUACCACCACCACCACCAUGAGCACUGCACAGAUUUUUGAAGAUCAUAAGAGCAAGAACAAUGGCAAGCCUGAAAUAAGCAGAGAAGAAAUCCAAACAGCCAUAGCCAAAGCAGUGGAGCUAAGAGCACUACAUGCUGCUUUGACACAAGGAAGUAGCCCUGCCAAUGCUAGAUUCCCAUCACCUUCCCCUGCUUCUCACUACUCUGCUCAUGAUUACCCUGUUUUCACACCAAGCUAUGAAGAUGACCCUUUGGCAGGAGGGUAUCAUCAUCAGAACCCAACAAGAUCGGAAAGUUGGGAUGAGAACCCCUUAGAAGGAGGAAACACCACCAUGGAAAACAUUGCUCCAGAUUACAAAGAGAAAUCAUGUUCAAGAAAGGGAUUACCUUUUGGUUUCUCCAACUUAGAUUCUCACACAUGUUCUGCUGAAGAUAGCAAAUCCGUGACCGGUUCUUGUGCAAACAACAUCACAGUUCUUCAAUCCUCACCUGCCAAUGACUACUUUAAAUCAAGAAGAAGGAACAGCUUGGAAGAUUUGAGGCCGGUUUCGUCGUGCAAUCGGUGCAAGCCUGCUAUCAUUACUAGUGAAUUUGAGAGCACAAGGAACAGCAGAAGCUCCAACAUUGUUGUUCCACUCACUGAUUCUCAUGCUUCUUUCCAAACACAGCCUAAAAGUAAAGGUGUUAUGUCAUGGCUAUUUCCUCGGUUCAAGAAGAAGCAUAGCAAGAAUGUGAUGAUGAGUUCCCCAAACAGAACUGAAUCUGAGGAAGUUUCUCAAGUUCUUAAGGACAUGGGAAUAGUUUCAAUUGAGACACUCAAGAGGGAGUUAAUGGAAGCAAAUGAGAGUAGGGAUGCAGCAUUAAUGGAAGUUUCUGAGAUGAGAACUUCAUUGGGGGAACUCAAGCAGAAGCUGGAAUACUUGGAGAACUAUUGUGAGGAGCUGAAGAAUGCAUUGAAGCAUGGUGUGGCAAGAAAAGAGUCAACACAGAGAGGAGCUUUACAUGAGGGGAGCAAUGGAGAAGAGAAUUUGAUGCCUGUGAAUGAAGAAGUCAUGGUUGAGGGAUUCCUACAGAUGGUAUCCGAAUCGAGGCUAUCAGUGAAGCAAUUCUGCAAGCAACUUAUCUGCCAAGUUGAAGAAACUGAUCAAUGUUUGAUUCACAAUUUGAACUUGCUUCUUCAACCAUACAGGCUUUCACUCAAUUCAAAGUACUCAAAAGCAGUAUUGUAUCAUUUUGAAUCCUUCAUAAACCAAUCUCUCUACCAAGACUUCGAGAAUUGCGUGUUCCAGAAGAAUGGCUGUGCCAAGUUCUUGGAUCCUAGGCAGGAUAGGCAGGCGCAAUUCUCGUCUUUCGUGGCGCUGCGAAACUUGAGCUGGAAUGAAGUGUUGAAGAAGGGUACAAAGUAUUACAGUGAAGAAUUUAGCAAGUUCUGUGAUCAGAAAAUGAGUGGUAUAAUCACAUUACUGAAUUGGACUAGGCCUUGGCCUGAGCAACUUCUUCAAGCAUUCUUUGUGGCAGCAAAAUGCAUAUGGUUGCUGCAUUUGUUGGCAUUUUCUUUCAACCCUCCAUUGGGAAUCUUAAGGGUAGAAGAGAAUAGGAGCUUUGAUCCUCAAUACAUGGAAGAUAUGGUUAAUGAUAGGCAGAGAUCACAGGGUCCAAAUAGGGUUAAGAUCAUGGUGAAUCCAGGAUUUUAUGUUCAGGAUAGGAUCUUAAGGUGUAAAGUUCUUUGCAGGCACAAGUCUGCACCUUAAUUAUUAAGUCAUAUCUAUGUUAGUGUGCAUUUUUUAUUUUGCUUUUGUACUUUAGACUAUCUCUUCAAGUUUGUAACUAUCCUAAAUUGAAUGUCAUAAUUAAUAAUGGCUCAAAUUUGUUGUAUCCAUUCCC